GUUGGAGUAGGAUAGCUAACCUUAGCUAGCGUUGUGGUUUACCCUUCGACUUUCCAGGAACUGGUGCUUUUCUUCCCUCGGCAAACCGGGCCGGUGGCAUCGGCCACAACGAAACUCCGUGACAAGGCAAUCUCCCCGGUCUGACCAGCGGGCAGGCGGGAGAUAGGCGCAUCAACGUUAGUUAGCUACCUAGCUAAUGUUAAGUGGACGCGACUGCCCAACUAUCUUUGCGUGGGCCGACUUCUCCAGCAAAGCAGCGGGUGUAAACUAGUUAGCGGUCUGGUCAGCUGUCCAGAUUGAUAACAAUAAGUUAGGGAGCUAGACUGUUAGCUAACUGCUCAAUUCCCCUCGGUCCAAGUCGUAACGUUACCUUGCUACUAGUAGCCUGCUAACGUUAACUCGUUAGUACCAAUUUGUUACGUUAGCUAGCUAACGUUAAAUGCAUCACGUUUUGAUGUUCCAAGGAGCGCUGAGGCGGUGGCCGUUUAAAUUCAGGUCUGCCUGCCGGUAACUUUCGUUUAGUCAAUUGCUAGGAGGCAAACACCUGUAAUGGAUAACGAAAGUAGUAAAAUCUUGAAAAAAUAUAUGCUUGUUGCCGGUAUCAAAGACUAGCUAGCAGUAUGUCAUUCGUCUAUUUACAACAGCUGUUUGGAAUAGUGUAUUGAGUGACGAAAACGCUCGUAGCUGUGGAUUGGUCCAAAUCCAGAAUGUUCUUGAGGUAUGGGCUCAGGCUUGGCAGCCCAUUGAUGGAGUCAGGAGUGUGUGGGAAGUUUAGAGUUUGCCACACACGUCACACUGUCCUGUGUUGUGUUUAAGACUGAGGAGGGUAUGGACAGUUUGGAGUUUGAGAUGGCGGGGAGGUUCUGACAGCGAACCUUACAACCUCCUUACCCUUGAUCUGCUAGGACACAUCCACUAUGAACUGGGAAACACAGAGAGGGCUAAGGAAAUAUCCUUCUGUGUGUGUGUAUGGUUUGAUUGCAUCUCUGUGUGUGUUGUGCAAAUGCACAUGCGUGUGGGUGUGUUCCUUGGUAGAGCAUGGCGCUUGUAACGCCAGGGUAGUGGGUUCGAUCCCCGGGACCACCCAUACGUAGAAUGUAUGCACACAUGACUGUAAGUCGCUUUGGAUAAAAGCGUCUGCUAAAUGGCAUAUAUUAUUAUUAUUACUAUUAACUCCAGCUCUAAGUGUUUCGGCAUGCGGUGCAGUUGAGUCCUGAUGAAGGUCAUAGUAAAUACAUGUCUCUAGGGCAGAUACACACAGGCCAGGAGGCUGUGCAAUACUACCUCAAAGGAAUACAGAUACUACGGUGUAUGCUGGAGAAACAUGCACAAGCCACAGCAGGAGCAGGAGCUGAGGCAGCAGCCUUCCCACUCCAGGACUCGGGGUCAGAGAUCCUGACAGCCAGAGAUGUGUGUGUGGCCUACUGUUCUGUGGCAGAGAUCUACUUCACUGACCUCUGUAUGGAAGAUAGGGCAGGAGAUCAGUGUCGAGAGGCCAUAGAGAGAGUGUUGACCUAUCACCCUGACAACCCAGAGGCUCUACAGCUGAUGGCCAGCUACCUGUUCAGUACAGAGAAGAACCAGGAGGGGAGGGAGUACCUGAUGAGGAGUGUGGAUGCGUGGCUACCUACCCUGAAACAGAGUGACGCUCCACCCAGCAGAGAGGACAUAGAGGAGGAACACACACAGAGUGACUUCCCACCAUAUGAAUCCCGCAUCACCACGGCCAAACUCCUCAUAGAGGCAGAAGAGUACGAGAUAGGAAUAUAUGUGUGUAGGAUGAGUUUCCUCUUUGACAAGGCCAGUGCUCUGUAUUCUUUAUCUUUGCCAGAGAUCAUCUUCAAUAAUAGAGGAGCGGUCUUUACCCAGAGAGCGAGGUAAAUGGAGGGAGGAACGGAGAUAAGAGGAUAGAGGGCUUUAGAAAUGAUCUGGAGGGAGAGGGGUGGAGAGGUGUUUGUGUCUGACACAUUGUUUGUCUUCAUCCUCCUGCAUGUGUCAGCAAGCCGCACACACACACACACUACAGACUCAGUGCAUCUAUUGAGGAAUCAGACACAAUUGAGGAGGAGGAGAUGAGGAUGAAGAUGGCUGUGAGCUUGGAAACAUUCACCACGAUAACAACAAUAUGGAAGCAGCAGAUAACUGGAGAACAGGAGAUGCCUGACAAGAUAACUCAGAGCUAGAAUAACAGACUAUUUUAGUCUUCUAUUGUUAAAAGUUUCUACACAGCAGUGGUAAAAACCCAGAGGCAAGUCAUUAACAUUGCAGUUUUCAUUCAACAACAACACACACAUCAGAAUCGAAUAGGGAAUCCGUUGUUAAAAAGCGGACAAGAAGCAUUUGACCCAAGUACAGCAGAGAGGGAACAAGGGAAAAAAAGACUGUGGUUACAACCAGGGUCAAAUAUAAUUGGCUAUGAAUACGGAUUUCUCACCCCUGUUCUACCCCUCUGUAAACUUCUUUCUCAUAACUAUGUUCUGCACGUGUUAUUUUACACAUUCAAGUUUUUCUUUUUACUCUAUGCUUUACUCACCCUCUUCUGAACCGUAAACCAAUAUGAUAUUUCUGAACAGCUGAAAUAAAAACUCAGUGGUGAUUUGAACGAACAUUCCAAAAAUACACUAUAUAUACAAAAGUAUGUGGAGACCUUCCAAUUAGUGGAUUUGGCUAUAUCAGCUACACACGUUGCUGACAGGUGUAUAAAAUCGAGCACACAGGCAUGCAAUUUCCAUCGACAUACAUUGGCAGUACAAUCAAUCGCCUUACCGAAGAGCUCAGUGACUUUCAACGUGGCACCGUCAUAGGAUGCCACCUUUCCAACAAGUUCAGCUCUAGGCCCCUUGGUUCCAUUGAAGGGAAAUGUUAAUUCUACAGCAUACA